AUGCGACCUACAAACAGGCGGAGGUGCAUGGGCAGGGGGGAUCGCGUGGGCAGGCGAAAGCACCUGGCUCACCUCCGCCUCGCUGACCUCAGCCUCGCUGACCUCCGCCUCGCUCACCUCCGCCUCUCUCAUCCUCCACCUCUCUCAUCCUCCGCCUCUCUCAUCCUCCGCCUCUCUCAUCCUCCGCCUCUCUCAUCCUCCGCUUCUCUCACCCUCAGCCUCUCUCACCCUCCGCCUCUCUCACCCUCCGCCUCUCUCACCCUCCGCUUCUCUCAUCCUCCGCUUCUCUUACCCUCCGCUUCUCUCACGCUCCGCCUCUCUCACCCUCCGCCUCUCUCACCCUCCGCCUCUCUCACCCUCCGCCUCUCUCACCCUCCGCCUCUCUCACCCUUCGCCUCUCUCACCCUCCGCCUCUCUCACCCUCCGCCUCUCUCACCCUCCGCCUCUCUCACCCUCCGCUUCUCUCACCCUCCGCUUCUCUCACCCUCCGCUUCUCUCACCUCCGCCUCUCUCAUCCUCCGCCUCUCUCAUGGGGAGAUGCAUCGACAGGGGGGUGGCUUUGGUAUGGGGAGAUGCAUCGACAGGGGGGUUGCUUGGGGAUGGGGAGAUGCAUCGACAGGAGGGUUGCUUGGGGAUGGGGAGAUGCAUCGACAGGGGGGUAGCUUGGGUAUGGGUAGAGGCAUCGACAGGGUAGAUGCGUCGUCCUCCCUCCCUUCCUCCCGUCCCCUUCCUGCCAUUCUCCCAUCUCCUCAUCCUCUCUCGAUCCUGUCCCCCUUCCCCUUCCCAUCUCCCACCCUCCUACUCCCUUCCUCUCAUCCUCCCAUCCUCCCUUUCUUCCUUCCUCCCUCCCUUCCACCCAUCUACCCAACGUCGUCCUCUCCCACCCCCUUCCUUUCUUCAUCUAUUCCCUCUCCCAAUUCUCUGGCUCAGUGCCUUUCCCUGCUCUCUCCCCCCUUACAACCACUCUUCAUCUUCCCCCCCCUUCCGCCCUUCCUCUGGAGCGAAGAGGGGAUAUGGCAGAAUAAGCGAGGGGUGGAGGUGGAGGUACAGAAGGGCAUGUAUGGGAGGAGUGGACAAGGCAGAGGGGUGAGCAAAGGGGGAAAGGGAGUGAGCAGGGUGGAGAAGGGGUUGGGGAAAGACAGGGCAGUAGUGCGGGAAAGGGAGGUGCGUGGGGGAAGCGGAGGGUUGGCGUUGGUGAAAGGGAGGAUUACUGUACGGGGAGGAGUGGGGGAAUGGACGGGUGGGAUUGGGGGACGGGUGGAACAUUUCAACCCCUCACGGGUGGGUGUCGGGGAAGGAAUUGGGAGUGGGAGAGAGGGUAAUGGCAGGGUUGACGGGAAGGGGUUGGAAGAGUGUGGGGAAACAAAGGCGGGGUGUGAGGGCGUGGAGGAGGAGUGGAGUGCGGUGGAGGCUGGUGCGGUGCGGAGGAGGAGGAAGCGUGGCGCCGCGCGAGUGGCAGAGGUCGUGGUGAGUGAGGACGCGAGGAGGUGA